CCGGAUGGAAGAGUCGGACAUCGUCAUUGACACGAGGGGCCGCACGGACGUCACGGAGAUCCGGCUUCCGAGCCUGAACGACAAAGCCGUCGGCAUCAUCACGGGCAAGGGCGGCAAGACCUUACAGGGCGUGUCCAUCGCGACGGAGACGUGGUGCGUCGUGGCGCGCGACCACACAGGCAUAGAGCGCUUGUGCAUAUUCGGGCAGCAGGUCGGGUCCUGGACCGGCGAGACGGGCCGCAGAAAGGCGGAGCGGCUCUUCCGGGCCGUGCUGAAAGAGGGGAAGAAGUUCAUGGAGUGGGACGCGGCCAGGGAGAAUGGGCGCAGCCGCUCGCGCCCUGCGCAUCCGCAUGGCAGAUCCCGCAGCAGGAACCACUGGAGCGACUGGGACCGCAAGUGGGACGGGGGCUGGGGCGGCAGCUGGGGUGGCGGGUACGGCAGCAAGGGCUGGGGCAAGAGCAGCCGGGGCGACUACAGCAGCAGGGGCGGCUACGGCAAGGACUACGGCGACGACUACUACGGCGGCGGGGACUGGUACCGGAGGCGCUGGAAGUCCCCCGUGCCUUCCUGGUGGCAGGACCGAGGAGGCAAGAGCGGCGGCAAGGACCGGGGAGGCAAGGGCGGCGGCAAAGACGGAGGAGUUCCAGCUCGUCGACGGGACUCGCGCUCGCGCUCGCGAUCGUGCUCCAGCUCGCGUGUGCCGCCGCGGUGGGGCGGCAAGGGGGCGCCGCCGAGGCAGAGGACGCGCUCGCCCGGGUGGGGGCGGCGGCCGCCCCCGCGGCGGGAGAGGCGCUCGCCGUCCUCCUCGCGGGACCCGUCGCCCGCGCCGAGGCGGCCCUGGUCGAGCGGCGCUUCCAGGAGGCCAGCGGCGCCGCCCUCGCAGCGGCCGCCGUCCCAGCAGCGCCCGGCCACGCCGUCGCAGCGCCCGCCGCCGGCGCAGCGCCCGGCGUCGCAGCAGCGGCCGCCGUCACGGCAGCGCCCGCCCUCGCGGCCCUCCCGUGGGGCGCAGGAGCCGCGCAACUGCGACUGCCCGGCGUGCUCGCGGGGCAUGUACGCGGUGUGCGUGCGCGUCCAGGCCGCCAAGGCGCACGUCUCGUACGGAGGCUGA